AUGGUUGCCAAGGGCCCUGGAGAGGUGCUGUGUGUAUCAGCUGGUCUUGUGGGAGGUGCCAGCGCCGAGCAGCUGCAGCAGGUGGCGUCCGAGGUGGGGUCCGUGAGGUGCAGCCGGAGGAGGAUGCUGCGCGCCGGGAGGAAGAAGGAGCCCCAGGGCGUGGUCUACCAGGGCGUAGAGGACGACAUGGACGACUCCACGAACUCAUUCAAGGUGUUUUGUGAAGGAAAUGCAAAUGAGUUACAAAGCUGUAUGAAGAGACAAAAGAAGUUAAACAAAUAUGAUGAUAUGAAUGCCUCCCCUUUGCAUUAUGCUGCAGAAGAAGGUCAAGUUGAGCUGAUGGAGAUGAUCAUCAAUGACUCCUCUUGGGAAGUGCUGAAUGUGAUGGACAAUUAUGGAAACACCCCCCUGCACUGGGCUGCAGAAAAAAACCAGGUUGAAAGUGUUAAGUUUCUUCUCAGCAAAGGAGCCAACCCAAACCUCCGAAACAGUAGCAUGAUGGCACCCCUCCACCUGGCCGUGCAGGGCAUGCACAAUGAGGUGGUGAAGGUCUUGAUCGAGUACAAAGGUACGAAUCUCAAUUUGGAAGGAGAAAAUGGAAACACAGCUGUGAUCAUCGCAUGCUCCACAGAUAACAGUGAAGCCUUGCAGAUUUUGUUAAAAAGUGGAGCUAAACCAUGUAAAGCUAAUAAGUGGGGAUGUUUUCCUAUUCACCAGGCUGCCUUUUCGGGAGCCAAAAACUGCAUGGAAAUAAUAUUAAAGUUUGGCGAAGAACAUGGAUACAGCAGACAGUCCCACGUUAACUUUGUGAAUAACGGGAAAGCUAGUCCUCUGCACAUGGCCGUUCAAAGCGGAGACUUGGACAUGAUUAAGAUGUGCCUGGACAACGGCGCCCAGGUGGAUCUGAUGGAGAAUGGGAAGUGCACAGCCCUUCAUUUUGCUGCCACCCAGGGAGCCACCGAGAUUGUAAAGUUGAUGAUAAGCUCCUACACUGGUACUGGGGAUAUUGUCAACGCGGUGGAUGGAAACCAGGAGACAUUGCUUCACAGGGCUUCAUUAUUUGAUCACCACGAACUAGCAGAGUACUUAAUUUCAGUGGGAGCAGAUAUUAAUAGGACCGAUUCUGAAGGACGCUCUCCACUUUUAUUAGCGACUGUUUCUGCAUCUUGGAAUAUUGUAAACUUGCUACUCUCUAAAGGUGCCCAUGUAGAUAUAAAAGAUAAUCUUGGACGUAAUUUUUUGCAUUUGACUGUACAGCAACCUCAUGGAUUAAGAAAUUUGCAACCUGAGUUUAUGCAGAUGCAACAUAUUAAAGAGCUGGUGAUGGAUGAAGACAAUGAUGGGUGUACUCCUCUACAUUAUGCAUGUAGACAGGGGGUCCCUGUCUCUGUAAAUAACCUACUUGGCUUUAAUGUGUCCAUUCAUUCCAAAAGCAAAGAUAAACAAUCACCCCUACAUUUUGCAGCCAGUUAUGGGCGUAUCAAUACCUGUCAGAGGCUUCUGCAAGACAUGAGUGAUACGAGACUUUUGAAUGAAGGUGACCUUCAUGGAAUGACUCCUCUCCACCUGGCUGCAAAAAAUGGGCAUGAUAAAGUAGUUCAACUUCUUCUGAGAAAAGGUGCCUUAUUUCUCAGUGACCACAGCGGCUGGACUGCUUUGCAUCAUGCUUCCUUGGGCGGAUACACUCAGACCAUGAAAGUUAUUCUUGACACUAAUUUGAGGUGCACAACGGAUCAGAUUGAUGAAGAUGGGAACACGGCGCUGCACUUGGCUGCGAGGGAAGGCCACGCCAAGGCUGUCGCGCUCCUCCUGGGCUACGGUGUGGACAUCGUCCUGAACAAGCAGCAGGCCUCCUUUCUGCACCUCGCCAUUCACAGCAAGAGGAAGGAGGUGGUUCUUACCACCAUCAGGCACGCAAGAUGGGAAGAAUGUCUUAGGGUUUUUAGUCAUAAUUCUCCAAGCAACAAAUGUCCAGUCACGGAAAUGGUAGAAUACCUCCCGGAAUGCAUGAAAGUGCUUCUAGAUUGCUGCAUGACACCCUCCUCCGAGGACAAGUCCUGCCGAGACUACCACAUCGAGUAUAAUUUCAGAUAUCUUCAAUGUCCAUUAGAAUUCACGAAAAGAAAUGCACAAGAUGUUACAUAUGAGCCUCUCACAACCAUCAAUACAAUGGUACAACAUCAUCGCAUAGAGCUUCUCACCCAUCCUGUGUGUAAAGAAUAUUUACUUAUGAAAUGGUUGGCUUAUGGGUUUAGAGCCCAUGUUAUGAACCUAGGAUCUUACUGCCUUGGUCUCCUGCCUAUGACCUUUCUUGUUGUCUAUAUAAAGCCAGGUACGGCUUUCAACUCAACUGGAAUCAUCAAUGAAACCAGUGAUCAUUCAGAAAUAUUAGACACCAAGAAUUCAUAUUCUAUAAACAUUUGCAUGAUUUUAGUGUUUUUAUCAAGCUUACUUGGAUAUUGCAAAGAAGUGGUCCAAAUUUUCCAGCAGAAAAGGAAUUACUUUUUGGAUCAAAACAACGGAGUCGAAUGGAUUAUCUACACCACAAGCAUCAUUUUCGUGUUGCCCUUGUUCGUGGGCAUACCAGCUCACGUGCAGUGGCAGUGUGGAGCCAUCGCUAUUUACUUCUACUGGAUGAACUUCUUACUGUACCUUCAGAGAUUUGAAAAUUGUGGUAUCUUCAUCAUUAUGUUGGAGGUCAUUGUGAAGACUCUGCUGCGGUCCACCGUCGUGUUUUUCUUCCUUCUUCUGGCCUUUGGGCUCAGCUUUUACGUCCUCCUGAGCAUACAGGACGCUUUCAGCUCUCCACUGCUCUCCAUAGUCCAGACCUUCAGCAUGAUGCUGGGGGACGUCAGUUACCGCGAUGCCUUUCUGGAGCCGUUUCUGAGAAAUGAGCUGGCGUAUCCACUUCUGUCCUUCACGCAACUUAUUACCUUCACAAUGUUUGUCCCCAUCGUCCUCAUGAAUUUACUUAUUGGUUUGGCGGUUGGUGACAUUGCCGAGGUCCAGAAGCACGCGCUGCUGAAGAGGAUUGCUAUGCAGGUGGAACUUCACACCAACCUAGAGAAGAAGCUGCCACUCUGGUUCCUACACAAAGUGGAUCAGAAAUCCAUCAUCGUGUAUCCCAACAGACCCAGAUUCAGUCAAGGGUUAUUAUGCAAGCUCUGUUACGUCGUUUGCACCCACGAAGUAAGACAAGAAAUGCCAAAUGCUGACACAGCGUUAGAAGUCGAAAUGCUGAAGCAGAAAUACCGGCUGAAGGACGUGACUUCUCUUCUGGAAAAACAGCACGAGCUCAUUAAACUCAUCAUUCAGAAGAUGGAAAUCAUCUCGGAGACAGAAGAUGAAGAUAACCAUUGUUCUUUUCAAGACAGGUAUAAAAAAGAGCAGUUAGAACAAAGGCACAGCAAAUGGAAUUCUGUGCUGAGAGCAGUAAGGGCCAAAACAGGCCCUUAG